CCCGCGCAUGCGCCCCUGCUCCCUCUCUCCUCCUCUCUCCUCUUUCCUCUCGCCUCUCUAUGACUGACCGACAGUGACCUCCGUUUCUGCAGCAGCUGAUAACCUGCACCUCCACGAGACACACACCGCGCGAGGAGGGGACAUGGCAGGGAUAUUCGGGAAGAUAUUCGUGGGAAUUUACGUGGAGAUAAAACGGAGCGACGCCCUCCAGUCAGAGCCCCUGAACGCACCAUCCUUCACUGCAUCAUCCAGCAGUGGCCUGUGAAUCAUGGGGCUGGAGGAUGUUCUGCAUGCAUGGGGCCUCUCCCCUCAUACUGCAUCAGUCUGACACGAACACACACACACAUUUAUUAUACAGACAUCUGCCUUCUACAACAUCUCCUGUGUGCUAAUCAUGCUAUAAUCAGGAUGUGAACGCAGCUACUGAAAGUUUGGUGUGACAGUGAUAAGUCUUAUCAUCAUCCAUCAUGAGCCACACCCAUUAGCAUCCUGUAUCCUUACUUUACUCUAAAGCUGGAGAAAUCUUCCAUGUUUGGUGGAUUGAUGACCCUUCGCUGUGUCAAAUAAUCCGGAAAUGAUCCCCUCAGUUGGAGAUACAUUUGGGUGAAAGGCUCAUUAGAUGUGUUAACGCCUGUCUCUGUGAUUUACAGCAGCAUGUUACACUCCAUAACUCUCGAGCAAGCACUUGAGCAGGCCGAGCAUCUCUCUGGCAUCCUCUCUCUCUCUCUCUCUCCCCGCAGGACGGAUACACCAGGCCAUGGUCACAUCGCUACAUGAGGACAAUGACAGUGUGACAGUGGAGUGGAUCGAGAAUGGAGACACGAAAGGGAAAGAGAUCGACCUGGAGAGCGUCUUCGCUCUGAAUCCAGAUGUUGCUCCUGAUGAAGAGAUCCCACAAAGUCCUGAGGCCCCUCUUCCUCCCUCCAAUGUCACCAAAACCAGCAAACUGCCCAAGACCAAAAGGAUCACAUCAAUACCCAAAGCUGAGAACGCUCCCAGGGAAAACAGAGCUGCAGCAGUGGGAACCACCCGAGCUCGUCCCAGCCAGCACAGCCAAGUGCAGGACCCGCCCCCUCCUGCCAUCCCCCCUCAGUCUGCUGCUGCUGCCAUGAAAGAGUCCCUGCUCCAGCAGCAGAACGGUACCUCAGGCACCGUGAUGCCAUCUCAGAGGAAGGGCAUGCAACCAGAGUCUGAUACAACACGGAGGAAAUCAAACUGUGUGAAGGAAGUGGAGAAACUGCAGGAGAAACGAGAGAAGAGGCGACUUCAGCAACAAGAGCUCAGAGAGAAGAGGGCACAAGAAGUGGAUGUCAACUUACCAAACUAUGAAAUCAUGAUUAUGAUCAGAGACUUCAGAGCCAGUCUGGACUACAGGCCUUUAACCAGUAAUGAUCUGAUCGAGGAGCACAGGAUAUGUGUGUGUGUUCGAGCUCGGCCCCUUAAUAAAAAAGAACUGACAGCGAAGGAUCUGGAUGUGAUCACUAUCCCCAGUAAGGACGUGGUGAUGGUCCACGAGCCAAAGCAGAAAGUCGACCUGACGCGUUACCUGGAGAACCAAACGUUCCGGUUUGACUACGCCUUCGAUGAGAACUCCACCAAUGAAAUGGUUUACAGGUUCACCGCUCAGCCGCUGGUGGAGACGAUUUUCGAGCGAGGGAUGGCGACCUGCUUCGCUUACGGACAAACUGGAAGUGGAAAAACACAUACGAUGGGAGGAGACUUCUCUGGGAAGAACCAGGACUGCUCCAAAGGGAUCUAUGCACUGUCAGCCCGAGAUGUUUUCCUCAUGAUAAAGAAGCCAGCGUACAAGAAGCUGGAUCUCCAAAUCUUCGCCACGUUUUUUGAGAUUUACAGCGGGAAGGUGUUCGACCUUCUAAACCGUAAAGCUAAGUUACGGGUGCUGGAGGACGGGAAGCAGCAGGUGCAGGUGGUCGGGCUGCAUGAGAGGGAGGUGAAAUGCACGGAGGACGUCCUCAAACUCAUCGAAGUCGGAAACAGCUGCAGGACUUCUGGUCAGACCUCGGCAAACGCACACUCCUCUCGGAGCCACGCCGUCUUCCAGAUCAUCCUGCGCCGACGGGGGAAGAUGCACGGAAAGUUCUCCCUCAUCGACCUGGCAGGGAACGAGCGAGGAGCAGACACAUCGAGCGCCGACCGUCAGACUCGCCUGGAGGGAGCUGAGAUCAACAAGAGUCUGCUGGCACUUAAGGAGUGUAUCCGAGCCCUCGGCAGAAACAAACCUCACACCCCGUUCAGAGCCAGCAAGCUAACCCAAGUCCUGAGGGACUCGUUCAUCGGAGAGAACUCCAGAACAUGCAUGAUUGCUACCAUCUCUCCUGGAAUGGCUUCAUGUGAAAACACCUUGAACACCCUGAGAUAUGCCAACAGAGUGAAGGAGUUUGGGAUCAGUCCCUCAGACAUUCCCUUCACUCAGGGCGGAGGUGGAGGGGGUCGCUCCGAGCUCUCUCCUACUUAUGAGGUGAAGGAGCUGUCGGGGGAUCCUGCAGCCGCGAUGGACAUCCGUCAGGGAGGACACAUAAACCAGCUGGAGGUGCUGGAGGCUCAGUGGGGAGUCGGGAGCUCACCUCAAAGAGACGACCUGAAGCUGCUCUGUGAACAAAAUGAGGAGGAGGUUUCCCCGCAGCUCUUCACCUUCCAUGAAGCCGUCUCUCAGCUGGUGGAGAUGGAGGAGCAGGUUCUGGAGGACCACAGGGCCGUGUUUCAGGAGUCGAUCCGCUGGCUGGAAGACGAGAAAGUUCUCCUUGAAAUGACGGAGGAGGUGGACUACGACGUCGAGUCUUUUGCAACUCAACUCGAACAAAUCCUGGACCAGAAGAUCGACAUCCUCACGGAGCUCAGAGAUAAAGUCAAGUCUUUCCGCUCUGCGCUGCAGGAAGAGGAGCAAGCUAGCCAACAGAUAACCCCGAAAAGGCCUCGUGCCCUAUAGACACCCUGAUAUCUGAUAUUUCACUGUAAUUCUGACUCCAGAAAGGUCACCGAUGACGAAAGCGCUGAUUUAGCUCAGCUGUGAUUUUAUGACUUACUGUCUUCUCUGUUCGUUUUGGUCUCUCCUCCGCCUCCUCCUCUUUGCUGUACAGGCUGCCGUCGCUUCCCAAACCUGCAUCCGUCCAACCGUUACACCAAAGAGCAGACCGUCUUUGCUCUUCAUCCUCCUGUGAAGUCUAUUUACAAGGUUUUUGUAUGUGUGACGAGUCACAAGUGCUUCAUUUGAAACAAAAAAAAGUGAAUAUUUAUUUGUUUUAAAUACAUUUUUAUAGAGUUGAAUCAUAGCUUAUCUUCACUUUGGCCAAUUUUAUAAACAACUUUUGCCAUUUUGUGCAAUAUUUGAAGGAUCCUCUUCCUGUUACUCUCCUUGUUUCAGCUCAGGGGGGGACAGAACAUAUCAAGUUUGUGUGUAAAAGAAGCCACUGUGUGUUUUUGUUGAUACUGUAUGUAAUAUAAUGUAUGUUUGACUGAGAGGAGGGUUCAAACACUAAUCAUGCAUUACAUGAACUGACCUAAUGGGGGCACAAUAAUCAAAGGUAAAGCAACUCAUUUCAGGAUGUUCUACAAAACAGCUACAGAAACAGUCAUUAUUCAUUUGCCAAAAUAAAACAAAGAUACUUCUUGUUGC